AAACAAAAUACUCGGGGCUGUGGUCCCAAUCUAGAUUGAAAGCGCGGGAAAAUUGAUACUGAAAGAAGAGUGAGAGAGAGUAGAGAGACGAUAGGAAGUAAGAGAUGGAAGAAGAUCCAGGCAAGAGUGGAAGUGGUGGUGGUGGAGCAGAGGGAAUCAUAAAUCUGAAACCUAAUUCAUCUAUGCCUAUUUCUUAUCACCCUUCAUUUGGUCCUCAUGAAGAUCUUCUCCUUCUGGAAGUCGAUGAAAAGCUUCUCCCUCACAUUCUACAUCAAAGUUUUAGGGUUUUGUGUGUGUUCUUUUGUAGAGUAACUGUAAGAGGAGAAUGUGAUGAAGAAGCAGUACUGUGUACUUCAUCUACAACGUACGCGAUCAAAUUUGUCGGUAACUCUAAUUCUAUCUUUCUAAUUCCUCCAUUUGAAAAUUCUGAAUUUACUGAUGAAAAUGGGGAAAAGGGGGACUCAUGUAAGGCGGCUCAAGUGCUCAAAUUGGCUUCUGGAAAUAUGGAGCUAGUUGAGAUUGCCCCUAGGUUAGGGAAACUAAAGUCACUGUUAAUGGAGAAUCCUUACAGAUCUGAGGAGGAUUCUGUGGAUCCUAUGGAAGAAGAGGAGUAUUUGGAAAGAGGGAAAAUGGGAUUGUAUAGAUGGGAAGAUUUGGUUGCUAAGGUUCAAGCAAGUGAUGAAGAAUUGAGAGCCGAGUUAAAAGCACUUUCAGCUGUUGAGAUUAAUGGGUAUUGGAGAAUUGUUGAUGAUGAGUAUAUAGAUGUUGUUUUAAGUAUGCUUUUGCACAAUUCUGUGUUGUUUGGGUGGAAUUUGACUUCACUUAAUGAAGAUGAAAUUUCGAGCGUGCUGGAGUCGGAUGGGUUUUCGCGUAGAAUUUCGCUACAUAAUUUGGAGGUUUAUGGAAAUAAAUUGGAUACGGAUAUGGAAGGCAAAUGUGUUUGGAGACUGGAUGAGAAGAGGAUCUGCGUCCAUUUUGCAAAAGGUGUUUUGAAAGAAGGGAAAAUGAAGAUGGACAGAUUUAUGGAGGAAUGGGUACAGAAGAUUCCAGCUAGGAUGUGUGCAGAUUUUGAGAUGUUGGAAGGGGAAGUUUUGGUAGAAAAACUUGGAGUCGAAACAUGGGUCCGUGCGUUUAGUGUCUCUUCUUUACCUCUCACUCCUGCUGACCGAUUUGCUGCCCUCUUUCGAGAGAAACAAAAGUGGGAAAUGAAAGAUCUUCAUCCUUACAUCAGGGAUUUACGAGUACCAGGUGUCUCUGCCGAAGGUUUGCUUCUCAAGUACACUCGAAGAACACAACCUACGCCGGGGGCUGAACUUAUUUUCAGCGCAAGAUAAUCUCAAAUGAUUUCAUUUGUUGUCUCGGUUCAUCAUAUUUUAAGUGUUCGCGUUUCCUAUGCAGUACUCACCAGGACUGUAGGUUGAAGGUAUACAGGAAGAGGCUUGUCAUUAAUUCGUCAGCAUUCAACAGACAAGUAUUUAGAUGUUUUUCAAUGUCUUUGUUCUUCUUGUCAGGAAAGAAAGCUUGCAUUAACCAUUCAUUGUUGUAUUUUCACUUCUAUUUAUUUUACUAAAAUCUGAAUCUGUGGAGUUGUUAUGUUGGAAUAAAGUAUGGGUAGAAUUUUUUUUGAGUCCA